AUGCCACUACCCACGUUCUCGGGGAAAUACGAGGACUGGGAGAGCUUUUGCGAUCUUUUUACCGCUCUGGUACAUAAGGUGCCCAAGUUCGCGGACGUGACGAAGUUGCAAUUCUUAAAGUCGUGCUUGAAGGGUCCGGCGGCGGAGUUGAUUAAAGACGUCAAAACGACGAACGCGAAUUACGGUAGUACAUGGUCUGCGCUCAAGGCGAGAUACCAUAACCCACGUCUCAUUCUCGCAAGACACCUCACGGCGUUGUUACAACUUCAGCCGUUGAGGAAAGAAACCGUGAUAGGCUUGCGCGCGUUUACCGACGAGGCGACGCGGAUUAUUCGUGCGCUCACGAACAUGGGAUUACCGGUGUUACACUGGGAUCAGUGGCUUGUCCACGUUCUCGCUGAGAAAUUAGAUCCGGAGUCCAGACGACUCUGGGAGGCUGAGCUCAGCGCGAAAGACCGAACGGCCGCGUUGAACAUGGCAUCGGCAGACUUCAACCUGCUGAAAUACUUGCCUACUUUCGCGGAUUUAGUAGACUUUCUGGAAAGAAGGGCGCAGACGCUCAACAUGUUGAGCUCUGAGUCUCUAACUAACAAGGGGGAGAAAAGAACAGCUCAGGACAAUAAGCCUGUUAGUAAAACGCGAAAGGUCUUUCACGCUAGCGCUUCCUCCACGUCUCCGGAUAAGAUGAAGUGUAUUGUUUGCGCGGGGGCUCAUCCCCUGAUGAAAUGCGUUACCUUUAAGUCGAAGACAGCGAGUGACCGAUACGCAUGUGUGCAGCGUUCGGGCGCUUGCUACAAUUGCUUCGGGAAACACCGAGUGCGCGAUUGUCAAUCGGAUAAGCGAUGUGGCGUCUCCGGUUGCCAGCGGAAGCACCACACUCUUUUGCAUUUGAAGACGGCUGCCAAGCAGGCCGUGGAGAGUCGCGUGUCCCCGACGGUGAAGGCCGAAGGGACAGACACUGUGGCAAAACCAGUAGUUGUUAGCUCUCACUCUGCCAGAGCUUCUCCACUUUCGGAGACGGUCUUAUUAGCGACGGCUCAGGUCGGUGCUUUGAGUUCGAGCGAGGAGGUAAUCAGAGUCCGUGCUUUGUUAGAUCAGGGCUCGGAGGCCUCUUUCGUGUCCGAAUCGGUAGCUCAGCUACUCGAGUUGCCGAGACGACCGGUGGAGGUUUCGUUGCGAGGAAUAAGCGGUAGUAGAGCCGGUGCCGCUCAUUCAAUUGUCCGGUUAGUGUUGCGAUCACUGGUCGACUCGCGAUCUUCAGUCGAGAUUGAUGCCCUUGUUCUGCCGCGUCUCACGGCACCACUGCCGGCAUGCUCGCUGAAGGAGCACGCUUUACCGCAACUUCAAGGACUGCCGUUGGCAGAUCCGCAGUUUACCAUCUCGAACCCGGUGGAUCUUAUCCUGGGGGCGGAUGUGUAUGGUCAGAUCUUAAAGUCAGGCGUGAAGCGCUGGCCCGCUUCGCGUCUUGUGGCACAGAACACCGUAUUCGGUUGGGUGGUUUCUGGCGCGAUUACAGCCGACCCGGCACGGCGGGCGGUUUCGACAUCCCUUUUGCAUUGUUCUACUAACCAGACUUGCUGA